GAACACAAAAUGGCUAAUACUUUAACUACUUCAAUUCUGGUGGUGAUCCUCUUAAGCUUCUCAGGAAUUACAGCAGCAGCAAGAACAAAGCUGCACUUUAUGACCAGACAGGAUGUGUCUUUGUUAUCACCAAAUGAUAAUGGUCUCUGCAAAUCCAUGGUGGAGCCACAGGGAUAUAUUUGCCAAGAACAUAAAGUAACUACAGAAGAUGGUUAUAUUCUUAGCCUUCAGAGAAUGCCUGCCGGGCUGUCCGGCAAGUCAGCAGACAAUCCACCAGUUUUGCUGCAACAUGGGUUGUUGGCAGAUGGUAUAACAUGGCUAUACAAUUCUCCUAGUGAAUCUCUGCCUUUCAUAUUAGCAGACAAUGGAUACGAUGUGUGGAUUGCUAAUACCCGUGGGACUAGAUUUAGCCGCGGACACACCUCUCUUAGUCCUAAUGAUCCAGCUUAUUGGGAAUGGACAUGGGAUGAAUUAGCUGCUUAUGAUCUUCCUGCCAUGGUCCAGUAUGUGCAGCAACAGACAGGGCAGAAACUUCACUAUGUUGGCCAUUCCUUGGGAACUUUAAUUGCUAUGGCUGCCCUUUCACAAGGAAAGUUACUGAACAUGUUAAGAUCAGCAGCUUUGCUUAGCCCAAUUGCUCAUCUUAAUCAUAUUACAUCACUACUCACCAAAGUAGCUGCUGAUCUAUUUUCAGCUGAGGACUUGUACUGGUUAGGCCUGCGGGAAUUUGUUCCACAAGGGCAGGCUGCUGCCAAGCUUAUUGAAGAUAUAUGCAGUAAGCAUGGUGUGAACUGCUUAAACUUAGUGCAAGCUUUAACUGGCCCAAAUUGCUGUCUAAAUUCUUCAAAAACCAAAAGUUUUCUAGACAACACACCUCAAUCAUCAUCUACAAAGAACAUGAUUCACUUAGCUCAAAUGAUUAGGACAGGGACCAUAGCAAUGUACGAUUAUGGUAAUGAAGAAGACAACCUGAAGCACUAUAACCAAAGCACUCCUCCUGUCUACAAUAUGAAAAGCAUCCCAAAGGACUUUCCUCUCUUCCUUAGCUAUGGAGAGAAGGACUCCCUUUCUGAUCCAACGGACGUGGGAGUUCUACUGCAGAACCUUAAAGAUCACGAUGCAGACAAGCUCACUGCACUGCCCAUACAGGAUUAUGCUCAUCUAGAUUUUGUUGUAGGUGUCAAUGCUAAUAAUCUUGUCUACCAUUCUAUAAUGGUUUUCUUCCAGGGCAACUGA